CACGAGCGCGUGCAAUCAGUCCGUCUUGUUUCUUUCGCCACCACGCGCGCCCUGCGCUGACCAGAUAGCAAAAGCACUCCAUCAACAUGGGCAACAAGGUUGUUACUUUCACCGAGGAGCAAAUUGACGACUACCAGGACUGCACCUACUUCACGAGAAAAGAGAUCCUAAGGGUUCACAAGCGCUUCCGCGAACUGAGUCCCAGCUCGGUGCCGAAAUGCAUGACUGGCGAGGAGCCGCGCUCGAUCAAGGUGCCCCUGCACAUGUUGGAAACGCUGCCGGAAUUCAGAGAAAAUCCGUUUAGGAAACGCAUAUUCUCCGUAUUUUCCAGCGACGGCACCGGCAAUAUGACCUUUGAAGAUUUCCUCGAGUUGCUUUCGGUGCUCAGCGAGCAGGCGCCGCGCGACAUCAAAGUGUUUUACGCCUUCAAAAUUUACGAUUUCGACGGCGACGAGCACAUUGGCCCCGCUGACCUGCAGCAGGCGCUCACACUUCUGACGAGUAACGAGCUGAACGCCGAGGAAACGGGCCAGGCGUGCGCCAAAGUAGUCGAGGAGUCGGAUAUUGACGGCGACGGAAAGUUGUCGUUCAUCGAGUUCGAGCACGUUAUUCUGCGUGCGCCCGACUUUCUCACCACAUUUCAUAUUCGCAUAUAAAUCAGGUGCUCAUCUCGACGUAAUUAUCAAAUGCCACACUAAUGUAAUUUUUUCUCCCCAUAAAUAAAUGUAUAAUCCCAUCAUCGUGUCACUCUCGUCUCUCAUUUCGAAUGUAUAAGAGGAAGGAAAAUUUGGAAUUCAAAGCACCGGAAAAGAGACAGAAAGAUAUCAUUGCUGUGUGUUUUAUUGUCGCUAAUAAAAGUCGAUCCAUAUGUACGCUGCUGUAUUUUUUCCGUCGAUCUGG